GUUUGCACGUCAAACCAGGCAGACGACCAACGACAACGAAAACGAAUUCUCUUCAUUUCCGCCGUGUUGUUGUGAACCGUUGCGUGUUCUUUUGCUACCGUUUCUCAGUGUCUGUGUUUGUGUUGGUGUGUUGGUGCGUGUCUGUAUGGUGACAAGGACCCGGAAAACAAAAUCACUCACAGUCGUGUGUGUGUGUGUGAAGUAGCAGCACUAAAAGCACCGCUAGAUAACGCUAGUAACGAUCAAGUGAAAAAAUUAGAGCUUUUAAUAGAUAAAGAAGGAAAAAAAAGACAAAUAUGCGACGGCAUUGCCUGGCCGUCGUGCCAGGACAUUUGAUCCUGCCACCAUUGCUGUUGCUAUUGCAGCUUUUACCACUACAGGCAGAGAUUGCCUAUCGUACACCUUUAGCCAGUAAUCGAAUACUCUUUGAGUCAUCCGAAUCAUCAGCGUCAUCGCCUCCGUCCACAAAUGCAAACUCAAACAUUGCCAGCAGCUCGUCAGCUCGUCGUUGUCCGCAGCUGCAGCGCUAUCAUAAAAUGCUCAAGGAUAUUGAUGAUGUCGAGGAUCUCUAUGUGGAUGUACCGGUGCGAAUAGCCUUCGAGGAGAGGCAAAAGAAACGAUUUUUACUGAACUUGAAUAUCUCAACGCCACUGACGAUUCUCUUUUCGGCGCCCGUGGGGCGUAAGAUGUACUACAAUCAGACAGCCAAUGUUUUGCGACCAGCCGCUGUGGCACCUGGCAUUGACACAGCCGUGGGCAGCCUGGUACUACCCUGUGCCCUACGCGGUCACUAUGAUCUGUUUGUCCAGGCCCGCCAGAGCGGUGCCCUCAAAGUGGAAGCCAUUGCCAAGCAUCCACAACAGAAUUGGCCCCUAUUGAAUUCGACGCAUCGCAUCAGCAUACGGACUCAGAAUCGUGUGAGAAAACGUCAAAUGAUUGUUAAAUGGGAGCACAGUAAAUUUGAUUAUCAUGCCAUGCAUUAUUGUUUGGUUAUUCAACGUAUUGUUGGAGCCACCGGACCACCAAAUUAUAAUAACUUUUGUGAGGCUGUCAAUGCCUAUGUUGAGCAGUCGCCGCGUUCCUUUGCCAUGGCAGCCACCAGCUGCUCGACAGAGAACAAUCUGCUGAGUCUCAUCUGGUCGACACCGGCCAAACAUGAACGGCGCCUCAAUCCACGUCACAAUUUGCACAUUGUUUGCACGGGAAAGAGGCGACAACAGACACUGCGACGCCUUUUGCCCAAGAGCAACUAUCGAUUGGAUCUGUAUGGCGUCCAUCAGAAUCGUCAGAAUCUGACCAUGCUGCUGGGUAGCACUCAGGUCAGCUUUAAUCGUACACAUCCAACAGCGUUGCGGCAACAGGCUCUUUCCCUGCUAAAGAUUGAUGGUCAACAUGGCGCUCAGAUCUAUAGUUUUAAAGUCCCGGAUACAGUGACUACACCUGCGUAUAUGCGUCAUUUGCUUUUGCCCUGUUUUGGCAGUGAAAUACGCGUUCGAUUGCUGAGGCAACGAAAGGAAAUAGCCAAAACGGAUGCAUUCUAUUGCCCCACCUACAUUAGGCAAACAGGCGUAAAGGCUGGUGAACGAUAUCUAAUGCGUUUCGAACCCAGUAAUGAGGAUGAAACGUUGCGAGCUCAAAAAGUCCUAGUGGCCCUGAGUAGUGAACCCCUGUUUCGCGAUUUACCCGAAUUACCAUUGAACAUUACGGUAUUUAAUGUACGUACGCGCUGCAAUAGAGCAACCAUAGCCUGGAAUGGUUCACCAGAUGAGCGAGCCCUAAGCUAUUGCAUCAUAGUCUUCAAUUUGCCACAGAGAAAUCGCAGUGUAGUAGAUUAUACCAAUUAUUGCAUGGAUUUUACACCGAAACGUGUAAUGCAACAGAAAAACUUCGUAUGGGUCGGUUGCCGGGAGAAACAAAAGAGCCCCGAUAACAUUGAGACGGAGACUAUAUUAAAUCUAAUACCUGGUUCCAGUUACUUGGUCUAUGUAACUGCAAAUCUGAGUAUGGGCAAACCUUUGCCCUAUCAGACAUUAACUCUUCACAUGGCCAGCCAAUGUUUGGAUGGAUCCCAUGAGACGUAUUACUAAACUAAACUAAACUAAAGAAGAAAAAAAAAACAAGCAAAAAAAACAACAAAAGGCAAACAAGAAAAAGCUUCGCUCCACAAAAUGAAACAAACUAUCCGUCGUUGUAAAGCUACCUUAUCCAAUUCUACACUAUACCUAAUCAAAAUACACCCUAUAUACAAUAUGUAACUAUAUAUACACACGAUUACAAAACACAACAAAAAUACAAAUACAAAAAACAAAAAUGAAACCUGGUUCAUUUGCGCUAAGCAGAAUAAAACUAUAUAAUCUAGACCACUAUAUAUAUAUAAUACAUAUAUAUAUAUCGGUACUAGAGUUAUGGCAAGCGUAUGAAUGGUAUUGAGUGUAUGAAUGUGAGAUUGAGUUUAAGUUUUGAAUUUGAUUUUUUAAAACAAUUUUGCCAACAUAAAUUCCAAGUAUUUUGCGUGCUUACGAGUAAUUUUUAGCUAGCUUUAAAUGUUUGUAUAAAUGUUUACUAUUAUAUAUAAUACCUAAA